ACCACACACCCUCACUGCAACCUCACAUCACACCCUCACCACACAAACACACCCUCACCACACAUACUAAUCAUACCCUCUACACAUCCUCACCAUGCACUCAUCACACAUAUAAGUAGCUGUUGUCACUGUAGAGCACCUGCAGUUUAAAGCCUGUAGAAGGUGUGUAAGAGGGAGUUGUAGAGAAGAUGAUGAGAUAAUUCCACCAAUAACUCCCACUUGUACAACAUAGUUGUCACUACACAAGUAAGAGUGUGAUGACAGAACAUUAUCUAGUCAAAAGAGCAUUAUGCAGACUCUUAAUGACUAUGUGAACUGGAAAGGGUCCAUUGCAGACACAGUUAUAAAAAUUUAGUGUAUUCAAUUUCAACAACACACAUAGUACAGUGAGGAACCACCAACUAGUCACACCUAUGCCCAGCGAUCAACUGUCAAGAAGGCACGCUGGCUAUGAGAUGAAGAGUGAGGAUGUUCACUUCGGGCAUCACGAUGUAGUGAACGUAUGAAAUCUUUGUAAAUCAGGACUUAGGCUUGUAUGCUUAUGGUCAAUAGUGGUAGAAGUGUUUGUUUGUUUGUUUGCAAGUGACACUUUGAACUUAAUGUACAUUUGAUAUUUGGCAACUAUGACCAGGCUGCCUCCAGUUGUAUAUAAGAUAGCUAGUGCUUCAGAGAGCCCAGUUACAGAGUGAUGUUGUUUGUUGCAAUGUUAGUUUUGGUGAGGGGCCUCCUGGCUUCCAGCAUCCCCCACCAAAAUGAUACACUCAUUGACCAGUUCAAAGCUCACAAAGAUAGUUUACUAGAGGGUGAUACCCAUUCCACAAACAGCACUGUGCAGAAGUUACCUGAAGGACAGCUAGAGACUAUUACGCUGCUCAAAGAUCUGUCCCAGGCCUUCACUACCCACCUGUUGGAAUACAAACAAGAUAUGUCGCAGACCUUGAGGGGACUGACAGCAGCCACACAAGAGAUUAGCAAGAUGUCCCAGACCUUCACUACCUACCUAUUGGAAUACAAACAAGAAUUUGAGGCACUCCAGCACAAGGUUUUUACCCUGGAGGCCAACAACCAGGACAAGACUGACCAGCUCCUCAUGAACCUGGAAAUAAUACAAGAGAAAGACAACACAAUACACAUUCAACAACAAAUAAUACAUGAGCAAGACAACACAAUACACAUUCAACAACAAACAAUACAAAUUAACAACAACACAAUACACAAUCAACAACAAACAAUACAAGAGAAAGACAACACAAUACACAAUCAACAACAAACAAUACAUAAGAAAGACAACACAAUACACAAUCAACAACAAACAAUACAAAUUAACAACAACACAAUAAACAAUCAACAACAAAUUAUACAUGAGAAAGACAACACAAUACACAUUCAACAACAAAUGAUACAAAAUAACAACAACACGAUACAUAUACAACAAGAAAUACUACAAGAGAAAGACAACACAAUAUACAAUCAAAAACAAAAUUUACAAGAGAAAGACGACACAAUAUACAAUCAAAAAACAAAUUUACGAGAGAAAGAUGACACAAUACUCAAUCAGCAACAAAUACUACAAGAAAAAGGCAGCACAAUACAGGUGUGUGAGGCUCAGGUAACACAAUACACACGCCAAAUCCUGAGGCUGGAUGAAGAAACGAACAAUCUUGAAAGGCGUCUCCAAAACCCAUCACGACGAGUUGUAAACGACUGUGAGGAUGUGUUCCGGGAGGGAGGGAGGGAGAGUGGAGUCUACACCAUCUACCCCAAUAGUUCACCAGCAGGUGUGAGGGUUUACUGUGAGGUACAAGAGGGCCGGUCAUGGACAGUGUUCCUUGUUCGUCACCGUCAAACUCCACAAGAGAACUUUACGAGGUCUUGGCAAGACUACAAGGAGGGCUUCGGGGACCUUGAAGGAGAACACUGGCUAGGAAAUGAGAAACUUAAUGCGUUGACUGAUGGAGAGAAACAUUACCGCCUGAGGGUGGAAGCCACCAACCUGCAGGGAGAACAGCGAUAUGGAGAGUGGCAAGUGUUUAAAGUAGCUGAUGAGGACAACAGGUACCGGCUUACUUUACAGCAGUACAACUCCAGCAGUAGCUCACUGGGUGAUGACCUUACCUACCACAAUGGCCAGUCAUUCACCACGGUGGACAGAGACCACGACACAGCACCAUUUAACUGUGCAGCAAUUCGUGGUGAAGGAGGAUGGUGGUGGGGGGGAGAGAAGGGGUGGUUUUGUGGUCAUGCUCAACCGACCUCCCCACUUGGCAACACUGAUGGCGACCACCACGUAAUGUCCUGGGGCUACUUCACCCCUGGUGUUAAUCGUUGGAUCGGACUCUCAGCUCUGAAGAUGGCACUGAUCUAGAGGAAUAUAUACAAAAAUUCCUUUUAUACGAGAUCUGUCCAAAAAGAAACCAAACUUUUUAAAAAACAAAUUUAUUGCUUUACUUACAACUUAAUCAGAUUUGUCUCCUUCAAAGUACUCCCCUCCACUGUUGAUACACCGCUCUCAACGUUUUUUUCCAGUUCUGGAACGUGUCCUGGAACGCGUUUUGAGGGAUGGUGUGCAGGUCUCGUAGCGAAUUUUCUUCUAUCUCUUCUAUUGUCUGAAAUCGGUGACCUUUCAGGGUGGAUUUCAACUUUGGGAACAAAAAAAAGUCCGCAGGGGCCAAAUCUGGAGAGAAGGGCGGCUGGGGGACGAUAGUCGUCUCGUGCUUUGCCAAAAAGUCACGGGUAGAGAGCGACACGUGAGCGGGUACAUUGUCAUGGUGCAGCAUCCAGGUCUUGUUUGUCCACGCCUCAGGCCUCUUCCUUCGCACUGCCUCCCUCAAACGCUUCAGAACCUCCAAGUAAAACUCUUUAUUGACUAUCUGACCGCGUGGAACAAACUCAUGAUGAACGACGCCCUUCCAAUAAAAAAAGACGAUCAACAUCACCUCCACAUUUGAGCAACUCUGACGUCCAGAUUUGGGAUAGUCUUCGGUGGAUGUUCUUCCUCUUUUGAAACGCUGGUACCAAUCGUGACAUUGCGUACGGCUCAAACAAUCCUCCCCAUAAGCCUGUUGCAACAUUUGAAAAGUCUCCUUAAAAGUUUUUCCUAAUUUUAAACAGAAUUUCACGCAAACAUGUUGCUCUUCAAGAUCAUUCAUUGUUCAACUUGCAACAAAUCGCCAAGUGCACUAAACACACGUUCAUUCUAGCGCGUGUAGCUUGAUGACUAAUUGACAUGGCGUGAUGCAGCUAGUGUUAGACUAAAGGUCAAGGUCACCGCUACACAGCACGCUGCGCCGGCUCGUUUGCGCGCUAUUUGAAAAGUUUGGUUUCUUUUUGGACAGACCUCUUACACCAAUAACAGUUUUUGAUGAGUUUGAUCAACACUAUGAAAUAUUGACUACCCAGUCAAUAUAUUUAAUCACAAUAUUCCAGAAGAUUCAAGUUUUACCUUUGGGGAUAAUGAUAUCGAAGCAGAAUGUGAAAGAAGCUUCAAUGGAAUGUAUGUACCCUGUACAGUAUAUUACCACAAGGGUGCACGACUUCAAAUUGAUCAUCCUUCAACUCUUCUCUUUAAUCAAGUUAGUGGGGCUACCUCUAUCAAAAUUAGACCCCCGAAGACUAUGUGAAGACAUGGCUUCCUAGUGGCAGAAGGCAUACAGAAGGAAAGAAAAGGUGACAUAAAAAUAUGCAUAUUAUAUAUCGUUAUAGGACAUUCUGUAAUAUAAACCUGGGUCUAAUACACUUGACUGCUCCAUUUGUUCAUUAAUGAACAAGUAAAAGUUGUAAAGUGUAUUUAUAAUACAUGAUCAUUGUAUGUAUACAGUAUACCCUGUAUGAAUAUGUAAAGUUGUAAACAGUAUGCUAAUAUUAUGCUCAAUAAAAUGAAAAAUAAUUACA